CCUCAUUUCCUCCGCAACACUCUCGACGGUUCUUGAAUGAACCCUAUCCUCUUCAAGCCUGUAGUUACAAUAUAGGCGGCCUGACAUCUCUCGCUCACAGUUUUCUCUGAGCGUUAUGCUAUAUAAUUACUUUCCCACCGCAUUACAAUACCUUCUCGCAACCUACGUACUUACACCGCCAUCCGCUCCGCAACCCCUGCGAUUCAGCCUACGACAUGAGUUUGGCCUAUCGAAUUCCUCGAAGACUGUAUUCGCAGACCUUAGACCUGCAUCACAACUCACUUACGACACUUAUGACAUUACGACUCGACGAGUGCAAACGUAUAGACCUAGAAACCAAGAAGCUUUCUUCCGAUCCCGGCAUUUUGACCGCGAGGCACGACGGGAACUACCAUGGGAUGAGACUGACUUAGAAGGUCCUAACGUGAAUGAUAGAGAGACACUUCUAUUGCUGGCGAAGAUGACUUCCAAUGCGUAUUCCCGACCAGGAGAGAAAGACUGGUAUGACCUAGGACCGGAUUGGAAUAGUAGCUACCCAUUCGGUUGGGAACCAGAUUCUGAUGGUUUUCGCGGCCACAUCUUCGCUACUGAGGAUAACUCCACCGUCAUCAUCAGCGUGAAAGGAACGUCUGCUGGCUGGUUGGUAGGCGGGGGCGGAUCUACAACGCGCAAGGACAAAUUAAACGAUAACUUGCUAUUCUCUUGCUGUUGUGCUCGUGUAGGACCGACCUGGCGCACUGUAUGCGACUGCUAUGAGGGCGGGUACAAAUGCGACCAGAACUGCCUUGAACAAAGUCUGGUCGAGGACAGUCUUUUCUAUCCUAUAGGAACGAACUUAUACAACAACGUCACUUACAUGUACCCAAAUUCGAAUGUCUGGGUCAUAGGUCACUCAUUAGGUGGCUCGCUCGCCUCCUUACUCGGUGUAACAUUUGGUGUCCCAGUUGUCGCAUUUGAAGCGGUUGGCGAGAAACUUGCUGCGCGGCGUCUGCACCUAGCAUUGCCACCCGAUCUCCAGCAUAUCACGCAUAUCUAUAACACGGGCGACCCAAUUGCAAUGGGCACUUGCACAGGCGUGGCUUCCACAUGUGCGAUUGGAGGCUUCGCGCUUGAGACUGGGUGUCACUUAGGUAAGGUCAUUAAAUACGACACUGUCACCCAUCUCAAGUGGUCCGUCAAUGUCGGGAACCAUGGUAUCGCUGUUGUUAUUGACCACCUGUUGUCGAAGGACUGGGAGUAUGACAACGAGGAAGAUGGCGUGAAGCGGAGCGUGCCGAGGAUAACGGCAGAAGAGGAUUGUGUGGAUUGCUUCAAUUGGGAGUUUGGUAACUAUCGCAACGCUUCGAUACACGGAACUUGCGACCGCCGUCUUUAGUACCCCCAUAAUGCAUACCGUUUCCAUUAACAACAUUCACGUACAGCAAUUCUGUUAAGGGGGCUCUUUGGCCACAACCCCUUUUGGACUCCAUCCAGUGGAACUGGGUGGAGUAGUGCCACGGAGCCAUAACUGACCGGUGGGGAUUCCGAGUCAUAUCGGACGUGCCAUUGGCACGCCAAGCCUGCGCAGCGUGUCACUUUCCAAUAACUGAAAUUUCUGAACUGUCUAAAGUGGCUGCGCCAUCACAUAUUGAUGUCUAGUGUAGUAUAGAUAUAUCCCAGUGUUCAUUCGUUC